CUCGGCGCUCGACUGUCCGGCGGAUCGACGCGCUCGGCGCUCGCGGCGGGCGGAAGUAGGGCGCCGACCGCAGGGCGCCAGCGGCCCUGGUUUUCCGCGAGCCUUUCCGGACCCCGUCUGAGGUGGCGGCAGGCAGGCUGGAGAUUGCUUCUGUAACUGGAUUACCAGCUCGUUCCGGGAAGCACAAUGUCUCGAUUACGGCAACCCCCCCUUGUGACAGGCAUCUCUCCAAAUGAAGGAAUACCAUGGACGAAGGUCACAAUCAGAGGAGAAAACCUGGGCACUGGCCCCACCGACCUCAUAGGCUUGACUAUUUGUGGACAUAAUUGCCUUCUUACGGCAGAAUGGAUGUCUGCGAGUAAAAUAGUGUGUCGAGUGGGACAAGCUAAAAAUGACAAAGGAGACAUUAUCGUCACAACCAAGUCAGGUGGCAAAGGAACCUCCACAGUCUCUUUCAAGCUACUCAAACCUGAAAAAAUAGGCAUUUUGGAUCAGUCUGCUGUGUGGGUUGAUGAGAUGAAUUACUACGAUAUGCCUACUGACAGGAACAAAGGAAUUCCGCCCUUGUCCCUGCGUCCUGCUAAUCCUCUUGGCAUUGAGAUUGAAAAAAGCAAGUUUCCCCAGAAGGACUUAGAAAUGCUGUUCCAUGGGCUGAGUGCUGAUUUCACAAGUGAGAAUUUCUCAGCUGCCUGGUACCUCAUAGAGAACCACUCCACCACCAGUUUUGAACAGCUCAAGAUGGCAGUCACCAACCUCAAGAGACAGGCUAACAAGAAGAGCGAAGGCAGUCUGGCAUAUGUGAAGGGGGGUCUUAGUACAUUCUUUGAAGCACAAGAUGCCCUUUCAGCCAUCCAUCAAAAACUAGAAGCGGAUGGAACGGAAAAAGUAGAAGGAUCCAUGACGCAAAAACUGGAGAAUGUUCUGAACCGAGCAAGUAAUACUGCGGACACAUUAUUUCAAGAAGUAUUAGGUCGAAAGGACAAGGCAGAUUCUACUAGAAACGCACUCAAUGUGCUUCAGCGAUUUAAGUUUCUUUUCAACCUUCCUCUAAAUAUUGAAAGGAAUAUUCAAAAGGGUGAUUAUGAUGUGGUUAUUAAUGAUUAUGAAAAGGCCAAGUCACUCUUUGGGAAAACGGAGGUGCAAGUUUUCAAGAAAUAUUAUGCUGAAGUAGAAACACGGAUUGAAGCUUUAAGAGAAUUACUUCUGGAUAAAUUGCUUGAGACACCUUCGACCUUGCAUGACCAAAAACGUUAUAUAAGGUAUCUGUCUGACCUCCACGCCCCGGGUGACCCUGCCUGGCAGUGCAUCAGGGCCCAGCACGAGUGGAUCCUCCAGCUCAUGCACGCCUGCAAAGAUGGCUUCGUGAAGGACCUGAAAGGUACUCCAGGCCUGCACAGCCCCAUGCUGGAUCCUGACACUGACGUCCGGCCCUCGGUGUUGGGCCAUCUCGGCCAGACAGCCUCACUGAAGAGGGGCAGCAGCUUUCAGUCUGGCCGCGAUGACACAUGGAGAUACAAAACUCCGCACAGGGUGGCAUUUGUUGAAAAAUUGACCAAGCUUGUCAUAAGUCAGCUGCCUAACUUCUGGAAGCUCUGGAUUUCAUACGUUAAUGGAAGCCUUUUCAGUGAGACUGCUGAGAAGUCAGGCCAGAUUGAAAGAUCAAAGAACGUAAGGCAAAGACAAAAUGAUUUUAAGAAAAUGAUUCAGGAAGUGACGUACUCUCUUGUGAAGCUGAUCCGCGGGGCCUUGCUCCCGCUCAGCAUCUGGGACAGCGAGGCCCGGCAGUACGGGGGCUGGGAGGUGAAGUCUGAGCUCUCCGGACAGUGGUUCACGCACGUCGUCCAGACCAUCAGGCUUACUUAUGAAUCAUUGACUGCCCUUGAAAUUCCCAACGACAUGUUACAGACAAUCCAAGAUCUCAUUUUGGAUCUCCGAGUACGUUGUGUAAUGGUCACAUUGCAACACACAGCAGAAGAGAUAAAGAAAUUAGCUGAAAAGGAAGACUGGAUUGUUGACAAUGAAGGCCUGACUUCUCUACCAUGUCAGUUUGAACAGUGCAUCGUGCAUUCCCUGCAGUCGCUGAAGGGUGUUCUCGAGUGCAAGCCUGGAGAGGCCAGUGUCUUUCAACAACCUAAAACACAGGAGGAGGUUUGCCAGCUAAGCAUCAAUAUCAUGCAGGUUUUUAUAUACUGUCUGGAACAAUUGAGCACCAAGCCUGAUGCAGAUACAGAUACUACACAUCUUUCCAUUGACGUGUCUUCUCCUGAUUUGUUUGGAAGUAUCCAUGAAGACUUCAGUUUGGCCUCUGAACAGCGAAUUUUGAUAGUCCUAAGUAACUGCUGCUAUCUAGAACGCCACACCUUCCUAAACAUAGCAGAACAUUUUGAGAAGCACAACUUCCAGGGAAUAGAAAAAAUAACACAGGUUAGCAUGGCAUCGUUGAAAGAACUAGACCAAAGGCUCUUUGAAAAUUACAUUGAGUUGAAAGCAGAUCCCAUUGUUGGCUCCUUAGAACCUGGAAUUUAUGCAGGCUAUUUUGAUUGGAAAGACUGCCUGCCUCCAACAGGUGUCAGAAACUAUUUAAAAGAAGCAUUGGUGAAUAUAAUUGCCGUGCAUGCAGAGGUGUUCACUAUUUCCAAAGAACUGGUGCCUCGGGUGCUGUCCAAAGUGGUGGAAGCGGUUUCGGAAGAGCUCAGCCGGCUGAUGCAGUGCGUUUCAGCCUUCAGCAGAAAUGGAGCCUUACAGGCGAGACUUGAAAUCUGUGCUUUGAGGGAUACUGUGGCUCUUUACCUGACUCCUGAAAGCAAGUCUAGUUUUAAACAGGCUGUGGAAGCCCUGCCUCAGCUCUCCAGCGGAGCAGAUAAAAAGUUGCUGGAAGAGCUUCUGAACAAGUUCAAGAGCAGCAUGCACUUGCAGCUCACCUGCUUCCAAGCAGCUUCUUCAACCAUGAUGAAAACAUAAAUAUUUGCCAAUAAGGGCAGUCCAGAAAGAUAACAAGUAACAAACUAUUCACUUUUCUAAGUGCCCUAAAGGUAUUGGUUAUCAAAACAUUGGGUUUGCAAUUUCUGUGUCUCCCUCUUUUUUUUUUUUUUUCCUUUUUCUCAUUUGGUAGCUUAGAAAGAUAUUAGUAUAAGUUUUAUUUCAACCAAAAUGACCUUAUUUGAAAUGCCCAAGCAAUGUUUGUUUCACCAUUUUUAUUAAAUUAGAUCCUGUAUGACUGUUUAAAAUCCCUUUUAAAAUACAUUUUGCAUCUUAGCUAAGCGUUGCGUGGCGAGUGCUGCAGGAGGAGCUGCUCUGCAGGGGUGUUUGAGGUGGUGUGGUGUGUGUUAGAGCAUUUCUGCAUGUCUCGUUUACUGGGUGUUAGUGGAGAGUCUCUCAGGACACGUGGGGAGAUUGGUAAGAAGAGAUUUGGGAAGUUAUGUUCAGGUAUCUUUGGAGCUUUAACUGUCCUAAACUAUACGGCUGUCUUUAAAAACUUUAUUUCAUAGAAAUGGCCCCAAAUCUCCUAAUUCAAGUAGGUUUUUAGAAGAAUUGGUGGUCUGCAUUUUUUUAAAAAUGUUAUAAUUGGAGUAGAUUAUUUGUGGUUCAGAUGUCCAUGAAUUAAGUUUUCAUUUUGCUCUCUAAUUUUUGUUUUUCCCAGUGAGAAACACUAAGCACCUUCUCAAUGCAGCUUGCCCAGUUUUCACUCUUGAUGUGUGUCACUUCACAUCAGUGUGUGGUGGCCCCAAGGCCCUGUGUGUCUCUGCUGUGGCAUGUGGGUGCUGGGCACUGUGCUCACUCACACACUGGCAGGCCCCCAGAGGGCAGGCCAGGCCCAUGGGAAUGGACAGCCCCUCCCAGGCCCUGUCGGCACCUUACCACGGCGGUUGAUAUUCUCUCUGCCACUUCGUGCCCUUUGAACUGUGUCGCUCAGUGGCUGCAAGAAUGCCCCUCUGGCACAGUCUGUGUUUUCUGAAGAUGGGAGACACCACUUGGUCACCAGGCAGUGGGCUCUGCAGACCAGCCGUGUGCAUUUGUCCCACAUGCACUGAUGACUGGGCAUACUGGGAUAGGGACAGGUCAUGGUGACCUCUCUCAAAGUCAUCUUCCCCUACCUUGCUCCGUUGUGCCAUUUACAUCUGAAAACUGAGCACUUCUCCGUUGGUAGUCAGCUUGGCAGGGUUCUGAAAUUUUUCUAUGGGUAUUAUAGAAUCUCUUUGAAGUUAAUGUCUUUAUUAAUACAAGUAAUUUUGGAGCACAGUAUCUAAAGUAUUAGCCACAUACAGUAUCCACUAUUUGAAAUAAGUAAACAUUGUUGUGUUUGUUCCUUUGGUGUAUAAGGGAGAAAUCAUAGUAACUGGAAGUGAAAGUUUUAUAAAUGUGCUUGAUAAAGCUAUUAAAUAUACAGAAUAUGGUCUCUCCUAAGGGUGUUAACUAUUGUAACUAACAUGACUAUACACUAAAUUACAAAACUGCAAUCCUGAAUGUAUCAUUUUAAAUAUCUAAUAUAGCACUGUCAGCAAUAAAGAAUCUGUUCUUAAUGUGACA